AUGUCCACUUUGACCCCUACCAGCACUCACAUGCUAAACUCGAUGAAUUCGAUACCCUCCCCCACGAGAUCGCUCAGCGAUCUGGCUCGUGAAGAACGCAGCUUCACCUUCAACCACUUCACCUGCGAGCACGCCUGGGUCAUCGGCAACAUCCUUCGAAACGCCCUCCGCACCAUCGAUCUCCCCGCCGUCAUCCACAUCUCGCUAUCGUCCUCGCUCACGCUCUUCCACAGUCCCAGCAUGCCGGGCAUGAUGCCAGACCACGAGAAAUGGGUCAAGCGGAAAUGUGAGACUGUGUUCCGGUGGGGCAACUCUACAUGGUACCAGUCCUGCAAGUUCGGCGGUGACGAGAAGAGGAUGCAGGAACACUAUGGCCUAUCAAGCGACGAGGCCAGGACCUACACACUCGAGGGCGGCGGCUACCCCAUCUUCGUCAAGGGCGUUGAGGGUGUGGUCGGCGCUAUCGUGCUGGCGGGUCUAGGGGGUGAGCAGGCUCAUGCUCUUCUCAUCAAGGCCCUAGACGAAUAUCGGGAGCUGAGGAACGACUUCAGGAGUCCCAUGAGGAGUGCGACCGUCAAAGGCUAG